UUGCCUCGUUGUAAAAGCUCGACUGCAGCAUCCCCUCACGACUUUCGCUUUUCCCACAGUGCUUUGCGGCAGGGGUUGUGCUGUGUGCGCUGUCCGUGGUGCUGAAGCUGCGCGCACCUCGAGCAUCUCUGGCGAAAGCGCCUCCCUGACACUGUUGUUCUCGGUGUCCGCUGCUCUGUGUCUCUCGAUACAGUUUUGUUUUGUUUUAAAUCAACGCGCAGCGCGGUUCAGUUCAAACGCCUUUAAAUCACCUCCUUUUUCAUUUUUGCUUCUUAUUUUUGGACGUUUUCUGAGGCUGUGUCCAGUUAUCCUUUAUGCAUAGCACGCUGCUCAGGUCAUCCCCAAAACACGCUUAUGUGUCCGAGCAGCAUGGCCCGCUCCAACCGCUGUCACUGAGAGACAUGGAGGCCAAACAACACCAGAUCAAAAGCCUGAAGAGCUAUCCCGAGACCGGCGGACGGAGCCUGGCAGCAGCUGCCGGGGGAGGGGACGGCGGCGGGUACCGAGGCGGCUCAGCAGAAAUGGAUAUGGAGGCAAAGAUUCAAAAAGCCAUCGACUUUAAAUUAGAGGGUCAUCGUUGUUAUAAAGAAAAGAAAUUUCGGGAAGCGAUUGGGAAAUAUCACCGCGCACUGCUCCAGCUCAAAGGUGUGCAUGUGGUCGACAACACCACGGGCUCCGAGGUGAACCUGCUGAACCAAGCUGCGGCCAAGCUGACCGAGGAGCAGCGCAAUGCCGUGGAGAGCACAGAGAUCGAGUGUUACGACAGCCUCACGGCAUGCCUGUUGCAGUCGGAGCUGGUGAACUAUGAGAGAGUAAAGGAGUACUGUCUGAAGGUGCUGAGUCACCAGAGGGACCACUUCAAGGCCAUGUAUCGAGCUGGCAUCGCCUUCUACCACCUGGGAGACUACGAAUGUGCUCUGCGCUACCUGCGUGAGGCCAAGAACCGGGAACCAACAGACACCAACGUGCUCCGGUACAUCCAGCUGACAGAGAUGAAGAUGAGCAAAUACGGACAGCGGGAGAGUGUCAAAGAGAACCCAGCUAACCCUUGAUUUUUUAACCCUGAUGACUUCCCUUGACUUUGACCCUCCCUUCUCUCCUUGCACAUACCUUCUGAUCACAGUCACAAUCCGACGCCACCACUGGACGCACAGGAAACCGAUCAAAUUCCUCCAUUUCCCUCGUUUCCUCCCUCAGGUGCAGUGGUUCGGUCUUCUUCCCUUUUGAGACAAGAAUUCUGUAUUAUAAUAGUAGUAAGCAGUUGGAUAAGGAGCUUUGAUAUAGAAAAAUAGGUGUGAUUCCAAUUACAUGCCUUAGCUCAACGUUUUUUCUGCCUUCGGAUGGAAAGGGAAAUUUUGGAUCGGAUUAAGACGUCCAAUUAGAGUGGGGGAUUUUCAAACCACAAAACCAUCAACACAUUUGAUUGUCCAUGGAUCCUACUUGUAGUACAGAAUGGAUAACUGGCACAGGAAAUCAUUGCAUAUUUCAAUCGAGUCGAAAUGCCUGCAUUUCUUUGAUACUAUUGCGUCUCUGUUUCUAUUGAAUGACUUGUGUCUCAGUUAAUGGACAUUUUUUUUAUUCAAGGGCUAAAUCUAUUGUUUAUAAUUAUAGUGUUUUAAUUUGCGUUUAAUGUACAGGUCUUGGUUGUAAGUGAACUGGGGUGAAACUGUCUUCUAAUAAUUGUCCCAAGUCCGCUCUUAGGGUUGUGAACUGUCCUAGCAACUGUGGUAGAAAUGUGUAUGAUGCGAUUCUCAAAGAAGCAAUGAGAGAAACAUAGUAUAGUAUUUGGACUUUGAAAAUGUUUGAAAAAUGUUUUAGUAGUACAUGAAUGUAGCAUUGCUACAUAACCCUGGAAGCUACAUAGAGAGUGACCUAUCUACAUGUACUUGCAUACGGAUAGGAGGAAGACAAGAGGCAGAGGAUGAGAAAUGACCUGCAAUUUCAAAUGCUGACUUCACAGUCCAAAUACUACAUAGUGUGGUAGUUCCGCAAACCUGUGAGUCUGACACAAAGCCUUGGAGUACUUUAAUCAGUCUACCAAGUAAGAUUUCUUAUCCCUAUUUUUAAUUGGUAGAUUCAUUAUUGACAAAUAUUAACAGUUUCAUUUGAUAAUAAUACAACUAUCUACCACUUCUGCUGUUGAUACUGUGGCUUUCAGUGCCAUGCAUCCUAAAUACUGACAAUUGCUUCUCCUGUACAAUUUUACUCAUCAAUAGCAUCUAUAGGAUACCUUUACAGGCAUAGAUUUACCCGCCUUGUGAAAACAAGGUUGCAAUGUCAAAUUGUAGCGCAUGAGCUGAGCGACCAUAUUGUACUGAAGUUUCCUGCAAGCCCACCUUCUGCAUGUACAAGCGCGGCUGUGGAAAGUUUCAUUGUAUGAGCCAUAGAACUGUGUAUUGCUUUCUGUCAUGGCAUGCUGCCACUCAACAGUUUUCUCAUUAAUCCUCCCGUACUUUCUCCACUCAUAGAGACACAGCAGGUGGUAUCUAGUGUAACAAACAAUCAAGGACAUAUCUACAAAAAGUUAGUGAUGAAAUUAAGUCUCCAUGUGCCUUUGCCAAGGCUUGAGAUAAGAACUAGUCCAAUCCAUAGAAAUCAAUGAGUCUUCUGAAAGAUUUCUCCGUUUAAGUGGACUGGUAGGAGGUACAGAGAGACUUAUGUGUGUCAAUGAGACUCUGGAGAGAUGGUGUCAUAUGCUGAGGAGACCGGCAUGAUUCAGAGAGGUUCUGUGGAGAGAGAAGGAGGCCAUAGUCAGCUCUGGCAGACAUGUAAAGUCACGGAACUGCACAAAUGUAACAGACAAAAAUGGAUGGUUUUCAAACCACAAAGGACAGUGGUUAUUGGCACACACCUUGUAGCACAUUAUUAUCAAUAUCGCUAUUGCCAGUAAAUAUGGCGUAGGCGCACAUAUUGAACCAAAAUCAGGAUGAAGCCUGCUGCCCUGUUCCUGUGUCUGCCCCAGAGGAGGAUGUUCAAGUCACUUUGGGACAGCAGCACUUGUCUCUAUGGUUGCUCACUCAUCAACAGGCCUCUCAGGGAUUGGUCUCCUCCCAUCAUGUCCCUCUCUCCAUGGCACCAGGCAGCCAUCUUGUUUAUGUCUUGCUGUGCUAAGUCAGUCCAGUGUGCAAUGAAGGUCCAGAGGGAGGACAGAUCGGUUCUCCCUGUAAACACAAAACUGACUCAGAGGCUGUAAUAGUGAGCUGACAACACACUACACACUACAGGACCUGUUCAUCUGUGUAGCUCUGAGAGAAGCACAAGAAAAUGAGAUGGAGUCACACUACUGUUGUGAUACUUUUGGCUCUUUAUGUUGAUGUCAUUUGAGGUAAAUGUUUGUCAAAUGUCAAAAGUAGUUUUUGUGACUAUAUAAUACAAAUAUACAAAAUAAAUAAAUAAAUAAAUAAAAAUGGAAAGGUUUAUGGUUGUAUUGUUUAUGGUUGUAAAGCUUUACUUUACAGAACUUAGUUCAUCAACUGAAUAGAAAAUCAGUGGAUACAAAAGAGAAUUCAAAGGCUCAACACUGCAGAGCUGUUGUAACUGUGUCUGUAUGUGUUGAUAUUUUUGUUGGUAUCUCUUUGAUAAAAUGGGAUAUCAAGCCAGCUCAAAGUUUGUGCAACGCCCUUUGACACAACUGACGGACUCAUCAGUAACGGCCAACAGGGGCAAAACAUUCUGAAGAACUUUUCUGAAGAAUUUUGCAAAAAAAAAAAAAAAGAUGUGAGGAGGGACCUGAACUUGAACAAUCCAGAGUGUGAAUGGAUUAUUGAACUGAAUAUUUCUUGCUGAGGCCUUCUUCCAGUCACAACAUCAGAGGCCUCCCUCACUGGUCCUUAUGAACCGCUAGCCUGAGAAUGCACUGU